AUGCAGAGAGGGACGGACGGUGUCAAGGAUCGACUCAAGUAUGCCUUCUUCGACUGGCUUCUGGCCGACAAAUUCUCCAAAAAAGACAUUCAACAGCAGCAGGAUGUAACAGAUCUCCGGUUUGCGUCAGAGUUUUAUGUCGAAGCUCGAUCAAUACAACGCACCAUACACGUUCACGUUGGACCAACAAAUUCUGGGAAGACUUAUAAUGCACUCAAGAGGCUCGAAGAGGCCGGCGCCGGCAUAUAUGCUGGGCCGCUACGGCUACUCGCUCACGAAGUUUUCACGAGACUGAAAGCAAAGGGCCUCCCGGCUUGCUUAUUGACCGGAGAGGAGCGGCGCUUUCCCACCCCUCAAGAAAUGGAGGAAAUUACUCGUUCGGGCUUUACGACCCAGAACCCAGAUACGCCAUUGAUCAGCUGCACCGUAGAAAUGGUUCCGGCCGGCUUGAGAGUACCUGUCGCGGUUCUAGACGAGAUACAGAUGCUGGGCGAUCCAGACCGAGGGUGGGCGUGGACUCAGGCGUUUCUAGGCUUAAACACCGAGGAGCUACACGUUUGUGGUGAGGUGCGAACGGUUCCGUUAAUCAAAGAGCUGGCCGCUUUGGUUGGUGACAGAGUAGUAGUCCAUGAGUAUGCCCGUCUGAGUCCUCUAGCAGUGGAAACAAAGAGUCUCGGCGGCAGCCUCAAAAAGCUACAAAAGGGCGAUGCCGUCAUCUCGUUUUCUGUCGUGGCAAUUCAACGUAUGAAGAGAGAGAUUGAAAAGGCUACAAAAAAGAACGUGGCCAUGGUGUAUGGCAGUCUCCCACCUGAAAUCAGAGCCCAGCAGGCACGUCUAUUCAACGACCCCAACAACGAUUAUGAUUACCUGGUUGCUAGCGAUGCUAUCGGAAUGGGACUGAAUCUGAGUAUCAAGCGUGUUAUAUUCGAAUCCACGAUCAAGUUCAAUGGGCAACAAAUGAAGCCAUUAGAGAUAUCUGAUCUCAAACAGAUAGGUGGACGUGCAGGGAGAUACAAGACUGCACAGGAAGCUAUCACUACGGCGGAAGAUGUUCCGACGGAUCCUGUCAUCGAUCCUGACGAUGGCUUUAGACCCGGUACGAUCAGUAAAGUUCGGGAAGAAUCGGAGUCAGUCGUGGACAUAAUUCCAGCUCCAUCAGUGUCAACGGGCGGGAGUGUAACCACGUUGGACGAUCUUGAUCUUCCAUUGGUGACUCACGCAUUUCAGACAGAAGCUGAACCUUUGACGAAAGCUGGAAUAAGACCGCCCAAUGACAUGGUGCAGCGUUUUGGCCAGUACUUUCCAAACGGAACACCUUUUUCUUAUCUUCUGCAAAAGCUCUACGAUACACUAAGGCUACCGAGUACCUUCAUGCUCUGUCCACUUAAAGAUGAAAUUUCGAUUGCCGAGGCCCUGGAACCUGUUGAAGGUCUGACUCUUGAGGAAAGAAACAAUAUGUGCUUAGUGCCGCUUCCGCCAAAGGACGAAAACGACAGACUUGUCUUGCAGUCGUUCGGUCGAGCGAUCGCAGCCAGGUCAGGCGGCGGCUUACUCGAUUUAGAAGCGAUCGACCUGAGUCAGUUGGAAGAGACAACAGCAGUUAUCCAGGAGCCCUCUACAAGACUUAGAAAACUCGUACAGCUGCACAAGCAGCUUGUCGCCUACCUGUGGUUAAGCUUCAGAUUCAGCAACGUUUUUACUACACGAAACUUAGCCAACCAUGUUAAAGGGCUAGUAGAAGCACAAAUGGAAGUAGCAAUUGCGAAUCUGAGGCCUCUCAACAGAAAGAAGGCGCAGGAGAGGAAGAUGAAAGCCCUACAGAGCUUGCUCGAAGAUGGCCAGCUGGACCAGGACCAGUCAGACGAGGACUGGGACUUCUCGAACGAAUUUCCAGGUCUUGUUGGGGCUAGUCCUCACGAUCAGGUCAUGGAAAGGCAAGAAGAAUGGCAAAGCCAGGAUUCAGAGAAUGACCACAAAGAUCUUGUCCGAGAUGCUCAUAAAGACGAGGGUAUCGAUUCGCAGGAGAACCGAGAAGAUCGGGAGCCCCGAGAGUAUUCAGGACAAAGAACAAACAUUGGACAGUCCGAAGCUAUCACACCCACUACUUUAUAG